CGAUCAUCCCUCGACCGACGACGCCUGCUCCCCAUCCAGCAUGUCGAAUAGCUCCUCGCCGCCCGCGACGGAAAUGUCGGAGCCCCAGGAUCGGGACCUCACCUCGCGUACCCGCCGGGAGAAACGGCGGCGCGUGCGCCACCAGAAGUCCCGCAAGGGUUGUUACACUUGCAAGAUGCGGAGGGUCAAGGUUGGUGACAUCCUGAUCUCGAUCCACUGGAACAGACCGAGUGACCCAUCCCGCGCAGUGCGAUGAGGUGCAGCCUAUCUGUGGGUCAUGCGCUUUUCGAGAGGAGCAGUGCUCGUGGCCCCCGGCCGCACCCACAACUAGCCAGGGAGCCGCA